UGUCAAUUUGUCAAAAUAAAUAAUGUGCAGAGCUCGAUAGUCGUAAAAUGUGGAACUUUUAAACUUUUUUUUUUAUUGAAAAGUUGAUGUUUGCAAGAAGAUAUCGCUUUAUAUUUAAACCAGCUUACCAAAUAAUUAUGAAAAUGGAAAGCUCUUCAGCUCCUAAAUCAAUUAAGGAGGGCCAAGCUGAAAUAAAAUUGAGUACGGAGAAGGUUUUUUACAAUCCAGUUCAAGAAUUCAACAGAGACUUAAGUGUCGCAGUUCUCACUGUUUUUACUGAUGAUUAUAAGAAGGAGAAACGUGAGAAGGCUGAGAAGAAAAAGACAGGACCAGAGAAGGAAGAAACUGAAACGGAGAUUGAGGUGACAAUACUGGAAGCCUUAUCAGCUACUGGACUGAGAAGCAUCCGCUAUGCCAAGGAAGUGCCAAAUGUGACUAAAAUUGUAGCCAAUGACUUGUCCGAGCAAGCUGUAGAGACAAUCAAGGCCAAUAUAGUGCAUAAUGGAGUAGACAACAUCAUUGAAACUAGCCAUGAUGAUGCUUGCAUGCUAAUGUAUAAACACAAGCACCCUCAGAAAAGAUUGUCUGCAAUAGACCUAGACCCAUAUGGCUGUCCAUCCAUUUUCCUCGACUCUGCAGUCCAGAGUGUGCAGGAUGGAGGAUUGCUGUUAGUUACUGCCACAGACAUGGCAGUCUUGGCAGGAAACUCCCCAGAGACAUGUUAUUGCAAAUAUGGUGCCGUCAGUUUAAAGACUAAAUGCUGUCAUGAAAUGGCAUUAAGAAUUCUUCUACAAUGCAUAGAGCAGCACGCCAAUCGCUACAGUCGAUACAUUGUACCCCUCAUCAGCAUAUCGGCCGAUUUCUACAUUCGCGUAUUCGUCAAAGUCUAUUCUGGUGCUAUACUUUGUAAAAAAACUACGAGUAAACUGUCAAUGGUGUACCAAUGCGUAGGCUGCGAUAACAUCACCCUACAGCCCCUAGGUGGCUUCAAGCCCAACCCUACAGAGAAGAAUCCGGCCCAGACGAAGGCGUACCUGCCCACCGUCCCACCAGUGGGCGAGUUCUGUAUGCACUGCAAUCAAAGGCAUCAUCUUGGUGGUCCAAUCUGGUCAGCCCCGAUCCACGACGAAUCCUUCGUGACCCGCGUACUAACCCGAGUUCAAGAGCAACCAGAACUAUUCGGCACAGCUAAGCGAAUAGAGGGUGUUUUAUCUGUGGUACGAGAGGAACUGCACGAGACACCACUAUAUUAUACUAUGGAUAAACUUUUUGGGCGCGUGCAUUUGGAGACCAUGCCUAUGUUGGUUAUGAGGUCGGCCAUUCUGAAUGGUGGUUACAAAGUAUCCUACUCGCACGCGUCUAAAAUGUCGAUCAAAACUAACGCACCAGCGCAAUACGUUUGGGACAUUAUACGGACAUGGGAGAAGUCACAUCCGAUCAAACCAACCAAGCUUGAAGCGGACCCGGUCACAAAACACCUGCUGAGCCAACCCAUCACCAGCUCAAUAGACCUAAGCCAGAGGGCAGACGCGAACCCUAUCAGUCGGCGCGACGGUCAGCUGCGGUUUCAAUUCAACCCUGCCCCAUACUGGGGUCCGGGGACCAGGGCUGCUGUUAAUGUGGGAGAGGAAAAAAUGUCCAAGGCAUUACGAAAUCAAAACAAACACUCAAAAAAUAAAACCACAAAACGACAACAUUCGCCGGGUGAAGAGGAAACGCGCAAGAAACCAAAUGUGGAAGAAGUCGAAGCGUAAAUUUAUAUUUGAUAUAAUCAUUUACAUGUAAAUAAAUAAAUAAAUGUGUUUUC